CGCUGGGUCGCGGCGGCGGCAGCGGGCGGCCCCUCCGCUGGUUUGGGGUCCCGGCGGCCGCGGUUCCGAGGAGCCCGAGACGCGUGGCGAGGCGGCGGCGAGCUCUGAUAGAACUGCUCACCUCUUUAGAUUCCCUAUCUAGUCCUGGAAUGCAGCGUGAUUUUGCCAUCCCUGUUAAAAGAAUCUGGGUGAUUGCCCAGUAGACUAUAUAUUUCUUGAAGAUGAGGAACAUAUAACCUUAUUCAUAUCUGUUGUAAUCCUGGUGUUUCUUCAUCUGUAAAAUGGGACCCUGUUUCAUAAGGACUGCUGGAGGAUUAAAUGAGAUGACGGGUGAAAGUCCAACUACUUAGCCUGGUUCAAAGUUGGCUCCGCCAUCACCACCAUUCAUCUACAGAACUCUUUUUUUCAUCUUGCAAAACAGAAGCUAUACCCAUUAAACAGGUCAACUCCCUAUCCUGAAAGUCCAUCCUCCCAAGAAGAAGGAACAGAAAGACCUCUUUGUAAGAAAGGUGCGGGUAUCCCAUGAACGAGACAGCAGAAAACCGACUGGAGUACAGCAGGACUCCAGAGCCAGAUAUAAGGCUCAGAAAAGGGCACCAACUUGAUGGUACAAGGAGAGGUGACAAUGACAUCCACCAAGGAGAUUUGGAGCCUCUUGUAGAGGCAUCUGUCCUUUCUUCCUAUAAUAAAAAAAGCUUGGAGGAACAUCGGUGUGAUGAUGGAGCGUCUCAGGAGGACGAGGGGUUUAUGGGCAUGUCCCCCCUCUUACAAGCCCACCACGCCAUGGAGAGGAUGGAAGAGUUUGUGUGUAAGGUCUGGGAAGGUCGGUGGCGAGUAAUCCCUCACGAUGUGCUUCCCGACUGGCUCAAGGACAACGACUUCCUCUUGCAUGGACACCGGCCCCCGAUGCCUUCUUUCCGGGCCUGUUUUAAGAGCAUUUUCAGAAUACACACUGAGACGGGCAACAUCUGGACACAUCUCUUAGGUUGUGUGUUCUUCCUGUGCCUGGGGGUCUUUCAUAUGUUUCGCCCAAACAUCUCCUUUGUGGCCCCCCUGCAAGAGAAGGUGGUCUUCGGAUUAUUCUUCUUGGGGGCCGUUCUCUGCCUUUCUUUCUCCUGGCUGUUCCACACGGUCUACUGCCACUCCGAAGGGGUCUCUCGCGUCUUCUCUAAACUGGAUUACUCUGGUAUUGCUCUUCUCAUCAUGGGGAGCUUCGUCCCCUGGCUUUAUUAUUCUUUCUACUGUAACCCGCAACCGUGCUUCGUCUACCUGAUCGUCAUCUGCGCGCUGGGCGUCGCGGCCAUCGUCGUCUCCCAGUGGGACAUGUUCGCUACCCCGCAGUACCGGGGGGUGAGAGCAGGAGUGUUCUUGGGCCUCGGCCUGAGUGGUGUCAUUCCCACCUUGCAUUAUGUCAUCUCGGAGGGCUUCCUGAAGGCCGCCACCAUAGGGCAGAUCGGCUGGUUGAUGCUGAUGGCCAGCCUGUAUAUCACGGGAGCAGCCCUGUACGCUGCCCGCAUCCCCGAGCGCUUCUUUCCUGGCAAGUGUGACAUCUGGUUUCACUCCCAUCAGCUCUUCCACAUCUUCGUGGUGGCUGGCGCUUUCGUUCACUUCCACGGUGUCUCGAACCUCCAGGAGUUCCGCUUCAUGAUCGGCGGAGGCUGCAGUGAAGAAGACGCACUGUGAUACCUGCCGGCGGCCGGGGACUGUGACCCUUAACCAGGGCCUGCGGUGCCUGCAGGCCUCCCACACUGGCCGCUGACGCCAGUACCGGAGGAGCCCCAAACCCUGGCAGCCUCGUGGGCUUUGUGACGCCCCAGGGCUCCAGGUGGUCCGCGACUGGGGAGAGAAAACAAAAAUAAAUCCCACCUCAGAGGUGGAGAAGAGGAGAGACGACCCAGACCGUGCCUUGUUCUUGGGUCUCUGCCGAGCGAGGGCGCUG